AUGUCUUCCAAAGACGGGCCUCCGCAGGGUGCAAACCCAGACAAGUGGCCGACGGGCUACGUCCCCUUUCGUCCUCCCAUGCUCUGCUUCACUACAAAGGUCUACUGCCUCCAUGUCCAGUCCGCAAAUCAGAUUGCGGAAGAAUGGAUCUCCUUCGAAGGCGAUGUCUCCUGGAUUGUUCAGGCCGAACGAGUGCCUUGGCGCACCUACGGUGAAGCAGACUUCAAGUUUCGCGGCACGGUCCGCCUUCACUGCAUUUUGCCCGAUAAUGACGAGUUCGACGUCUGGUUUGGCUGGAUCAAAGGAUGGAGCAACAUCACGACUCGCAGUCCACACCUUCAGGUAAGGGGACCGGAUGCAAAGCUGCUGCCCGGCCCCGAGGGAGGCUCACUAGGCUCGGGUGAGGCCUGGGGCGACUUCUUCGUCUGGUGUGACUCUACGUAG